AUGAGGGCUUUGGCGACAAAUUUUAAAUUAGACAUCUACGCGAGAUCAAGAGACGAAGAAUCGCCUGUGAGCUAUAUGGAUAUCGCUAUUUGGAAUCUGCAUUAUUACGAUGUUGUUAAAAGAGUGUCAUCGUUGGCCGGUCAGUGGCCUCAUCAGAGACCAAAGAUGAGAUUACUCUGUGUCGGCUUAGUGACUCUGAGCACAUUUUCUAUAAAUAUUCCACAAAUAAAAGAUCUCACCGAUCGUUUGUUCAUCGAUUGGAAUGCAUUGGAAACUUCAGAAGAGUACGAAAUUAUGAAGAAAUAUGCAAAGAAUGGUAGACGAUACUCUUUGGGAUACUCGUCUGUCUGUCUGUUUAUGUCAAUGUCUCUCAUACCGCAACUGUUGGAUGUUGUAUUACCUCUCAACAUAUCCCGCUCUAUUCUAUUGACAUAUCCAGGAUAUUACUUCGUCGAUGAAAGAAAAUACUUCGUCUACAUCUUCUUACAUGCUGUUAUAGCCUGGGAAAUUGCUAUAACUGGAGUACUUGCCCACGAUUGUAUAUUUGUAACUUACGUUGAACAUGUUUGCAGUAUGUUUGCUAUAGUUGGGUACGCGCAACUUCUUGAAGAUACGUUUAGCGUACCUUUCGCUUUGCAGAUAUUAAUAGUAACGAUAACGAUGAGCAUUACCUUGCUACAAGUAUGUAUUCAUUUAUUAUAAAAUAUAUGUAUAUAUAUAU